AUGUCACGAGUACAUCCACAGGUACAAGUUAGGAGAUAUUCCACCUCGUCGGAAUCCUUCUAUUCUACAUCAGAGGCUGCAGGUCAAAUCAGCCAUGUACCAACAUCAGAGCAAAAUAUGCCUUCAUCUCCUGGUCGAGAACCCAUCAAUUUAAUUUCAAGUAUUACUUUUAAAGAGACUCAGACCAAUCCACUUGCUGAUCUUUAUGACUCAUCAUCUUCAACUGUUUCAGCAAGUGUUUUUCAUCCACGAAUAUCAUUUAGCUUUCGAACUUCUCUCCUUACCGCCAUGAUCAUCCUUACAUUAACUCCCGUACUGAUUUUGUUGAUUCUUUCCAUAUCCUUUUCUGUUUUUUCAUCGGUCAAUGUGGAAGAAGGUGUUGUGAUCGAGGCUUUAUCUCGAGCCGAUAGCUACGUCUCAGAUUUCUUGAAUGUCUGCAAAAGGCUCACCAAGAUUCAAAAACAGUUGAUUCUAGAUUAUUAUUAUACACAGCACGAUACCGAUGAUUACUUUCAUGGUCCUCAAAACUAUGCCAACAUGUUUAAAUCCCUCUCAUUGGUUCACAGACAUAAUAAGGAUGCCAUUUUCUUGGUAGAUUUCACUCCUACGAAUGGAGAAUAUUAUUAUGUGAAUACGGCAGCUUCUUUUAACAGUUCCUCUCUCGUCAUGGAUGAGAAGACAAGUGGUGCCAUGGAUCUUCGUUUGAAAAACUAUGAUGCCACUCAAGAAUUGUACAUGCUGACUCAUCCAGAUGAGAACACGACCAUUGCAACCUUGUACAAUCUUACCGACAAUGGAGUGCUUUCCAUGAAAGAAACGAAUUUGCCCUAUGACAAUUGGGAUCCUCGUGGCGAUGAGUAUUAUCAAUUGUCUCUUCGUUAUCCAUAUGCAUUGGUACCCAUCAAUGUUCAACUUCAAGGAUCCAAUAUUGAAGAGAAGGUUUAUGUAUGCUUUCAAGAAAAUCUCUAUUCCAAGCUGAAUUCAUCUGUGUAUUUGGGAGUCACGAGUGUGAAUGUUGUCAUUCGAGAGUUGGCAACCUUUGUAAAAUCAUUUCAAGUGUCUGCUAAUGGAUUUGCAGCAAUCAUGGAAAUUAGUGAAAACUUGGAAACUGGUGAAUUACGAAAGAGAUUGGUUGCUUACAAGGAUUAUAGUGUGUUGGUAUUGGGAGAUGAAGAAAAUGGGUUCAGAAUUCCCAAUGCUGAGGAGAUACCGAAUGUGUUUCUCAAGGAUAUUCUCAUUUCACAAAUUCCUUCUACAAAAGCUGAAAUUUUGGAAAAAAAGAGGAGAGUCAUGAGAUAUGUUUACAAUUCAAAUCUGUAUAUUCUCUCGUAUGACGUUGUGACUGCUUCUCUAAAUCUCAACAUGCAAUGGAUUGUUUUUAUAUCAGCUCCUGAAAUAGAUUUCAAUGGUAAUAUGGUACUUCUUGCAUGUCUCAACAUUGGUGUGAGUAUUAUGGCAGCCAUAGUCACUGUCAUCUUUGUCUUUUAUAUUUCCUCUGCCAUUUCAAAGCCAUUACUCUUUUUUGCCAAUGAAAGUAAGGCCAUUUCAAAGUUGGAAGUUCAGAAAGGAAAUGUGUGGAAAUCCAAAAUUAGAGAAAUUAAUGUCUUGUCUGAAGCUUUUAGCAAAAUGAAAACAACUCUAAGAUCAUUCUUGAGAUUUGUUCCAAAGCAAUUGAUUGUGGAAAUGGUUGAACGAGGAAUUGAUAUCAAAUUAGGAGGAGCAGAAUUCGAUAACAUCACAUUACUAUUCUCAGAUGUUGAAGAUUUCACAAAAUAUAGUGAACAAUUGGCUCCUAUCAUUCUCAUCAAGCAAUUAGGAGAAUACUUUCAUGUCAUGACUGAAGAAAUCAUUAACACUGGUGGUACAUUGGAUAAGUAUAUAGGUGAUGCUGUGAUGGCAUUCUGGGGAGCUCCUUCAUAUCUUGAAGAUAGUCAGCUACGAGCUUGCACUGCAGCAUUUAAAUGUCAAAUUCGAAUGAAAGCUCUCAGAGAGAAGUGGCAAGAAAAAGGGAGAGCUCAAUUCAAGUGUAGAAUUGGUUUGCAUUCUGGUUCUUGUGUGAUUGGAAAUUUAGGAUCCAUUUGGAGGAUUCAAUAUACUGCCAUUGGUGAUAAUGUCAACUUGGCUUCUCGUUUAGAAUCUCUCAACAAGAGUUAUGCAACAGAAGUACUUGUGAGUGAAGUUGUUGCUUCCAAACCCGAUGUUCAGAAAGAAUUCAUUUUCAGAAAGAUUGAUACUGUUUCAGUGAAGGGUAAAAGCGUAGGAUGUACCGUGUAUGAACUCAUUUCCGAUCAGAAAUCGAGAUCCAAUUAUGAACACAGGAUCAAACUUGUUCAACCCUAUGAGGAUGCAUUGAAUGAAUAUUUAGCAGGACAGUUUACAAAAGCAUUAACUUCAUUUAAAACCAAAUGUGUUCCAUUAGAUCCAACGGAUAAGGCAACUCAAACCAUGAUGGAUCGAUGUGCCCAUUAUAUUGUAUCACCUCCAGACGUUUGGGAUGGAGUUCAUCGAAAUCAUGAAAAGUAA